AUGACCCCGCCCCAUUCUCCCGCUUUCCAUCACCCCACCCCAUUCUCCCUCCUUCCAUCACCCCGCCCCAUGCUCCCUCCUUCCAUCACCCCGCCCCAUGCUCCCUCCUUCCAUCACCCCGCCCUAUUCUCCCUCCUUCCAUCACCCUGCCCCAUUCUCCCGCUUUCCAUCACCCCGCCCCAUUCUCCCGCUUUCCAUCACCCCGCCCCAUCCCGCUUUCCAUCACCCCGCCCCAUUCUCCCGCUUUCCAUCACCCCGCCCCCUUCUCCCGCUUUCCCUCACCCCGCCCCAUUCUCCCGCUUUCCAUCACCCCGCUCCAUUCUCCCGCUUUCCAUCACCCCGCCCCAUUCUCCCGCUUUCCAUCACCCCGCCCCAUUCUCCCGCUUUCCAUCACCCCGCCACAUUCUCCCGCUUUCCAUCACCCCGCCUCAUUCUCCCGCUUUCCAUCACCCCGUCCCAUUCUCCCGCUUUCCAUCACCCCGCCCCAUUCUCCCGCUUUCCAUCACCCCGCCCCAUUCUCCCGCUUUCCAUGACCCCGCCCCAUUCUCCCGCUUUCCAUCACCCCACCCCAUUCUCCCUCCUUCCAUCACCCCGCCCCAUGCUCCCUCCUUCCAUCACCCCGGCCCAUUCUCCCUCCUUCCAUCACCCCGCCCUAUUCUCCCUCCUUCCAUCACCUGCCCCAUACUCCCGCUUUCCAUCACCCAGCCCCAUUCUCCGGCUUUCCAUCACCCGGCCCCAUCCCGCUUUCCAUCACCCCGCCCCAUUCUCCCGCUUUCCAUCACCCCGCCCCAUUCUCCCGCUUUCCAUCACCCCGCCCCAUUCUCCAGCUUUCCAUCACCCCGCCCCAUUCUCCCGCUUUCCAUCACCCCGCCCCAUUCUCCCUCCUUCCAUCACCCCGCCCCAUUCUCCCUCCUUCCAUCACCCCGCCCCAUUCUCCCGCUUUCCAUCACCCCGCCCCAGUCUCCCGCUUUCCAUCACCCCGCCCCAUUCUCCCUCCUUCCAUCACCCCGCCCCAUUCUCCCGCUUUCCAUCACCCCGCCCCAUUCUCCCGCUUUCCAUCACCCCGCCCCAUCUCCCGCCCCAUUCUCCCGCUUUCCAUCACCCCGCCACAUUCUCCCGCUUUCCAUCACCCCGCCCCAUUCUCCCGCUUUCCAUCACCCCGCCCCAUUCUUAUGCGAAUGCACUCUUAUGGGAAAGACAGUUGACGCUCUUAUAGGAGAGGACGCUCUUAUAUGGGAGUUAAUGUUUUCCUAG